UGCUGAUAUGAGGAUCGCUGCUGCUGGCUCACACCAUGCUCAAGAGGCAGAAUCCCAGCGCUCCAGAGCGCAGCAGGGAUCUCGCAGCCCAUGGAGGAGCUCUGCCCAUGUCUCACAAUGACUCACGCUCCUUUUUCAACCUGUCUCAGCUGGUGCUCUCUGCUGGCCAAAUCAAACAAUCACCAGCGCUCAAACAUUCAAAAAUCACCUACUUUGAAGUAGAGAUUGUUGAUGUGCAAAGCAAGAAGCAGAUCUGCAUUGUGGACAAGGUACCUCCAGCAUCUACUAUUCUUGAUGUGAAACACAAAUUUCACAAAACAUGUCCCCAGUGGUACCCAUCCCGUGUUGGGCUGCAGCUGGAGCGCAAUGGGCCCUUUUUGAAGGAUUCCAUCAGCAUCCAAAGCCUUGCCGUCUCCUCCAUCGUUACACUGUAUUUUACAGACCUGGGUCAGCAGGUUGGUUGGACCACAUUUUUUCUAACAGAAUACACCGGGCCUCUUCUCAUAUAUUUGCUCUUUUACGUUCGCCUCUCGACGAUUUAUGAUCAAGUGGAAAGCAGGAAGAACUUCCGUCACCCAGUGGUUCACUUGGCCUGCUUCUGUCACUGUUUACACUACAUCAGACAUCUUCUGGAGACAUUAUUUGUUCACAAGUUUUCGGAAGGGCACACUCCUCUGAAAAAUAUGAUAAAGGGCUGUGUCUUUUACUGGGGAUUCACAUCCUGGAUUGCAUACUACAUCAACCACCCACGGUACACGCCUCCAUCAUUUGGCCACAAACAAGUUUCUUAUGCUGCUCUUGCUUUUCUGAUGUGUGAAGCUGGAAAUCACUUUAUCAACGUAGCUUUAGCUCACCAAACCAAUUCAGAAGGAAAUAGAACCUGUUUUCCAAGUCCAACCUACAACCCCUUCACGUGGCUCUUCCUGCUGGUAUCCUGUCCCAACUAUACAUAUGAGGCUGGGUCUUGGAUUAGUUUCACAGUGAUGACACAAACUCUGCCAGUUGGCAUUUUUGCUUUCCUGAUGGUCAUCCAGAUGUCUCUGUGGGCCCAGAAGAAACACAAGCUGUAUCUGAAGAGAUUUUAUCCAGAAGUGAGGAGAAAAGCAGCUAUGAUUCCCAUCAUCUUCUGAGACUGUCACCAGAGUUGGAGCCUAAGCACACUUCAAGAGUCAGCUCAGAGUAAAUGAGCCAUUUCAUUCAGGAACUAAGUGGAUCAGAGGAAAAACUACUGGACAUAUUUUUCAGGAAAUUAACAGUUCAAGAAUUAACAUCUUCAAGAUGAAGAGUUUUUAAUUAAAUGCAAAAAUUUAACUCUUGAAUUCUUGGUUCUUGCUAAAAGAUAGGAUUUAAUUAGAUUUUCUGUAAUGGAGCUAAUUGAAAAAGGACAAAAAAUGCUUAUAUUGAAUGCUAGAUAUUUAGCUGGUGUAAAUGGGCACAGAUGCUGCUAAAAUUAAUGAACACAAUUUCUCUGAACACAUUCAGGUAUGGUAAUUUUAAGGCUCCAUGUUAGAUAUUGAGGAGAGUCUUGGAUUUUUGCAUCAGAAGAUGUUUCACGGCCUUAUUUUUAUUUAACUGCACAGAAAAAGCACAUUCUGCCCCAGCUCCUCUAAAGUGUCACAUCAAAGGAUGACCACUAUGCU